ACAAGAUAUCAAAGUGUUAGUUUCCAUUAAAAGUCUUCUCGUUCUCGAAGUGUAUAAUUUUUUCAUUCCUACAUUCAAAAUCGACUAUUGUUUACCUGUGACACCUAAACCAAAGGUUCAAUAAACAAGUAAUUUAAAGAACCGAUUCAUAAAAUCCGUUAACAUUGGAGUCAUUAUUGUGAUCAUCAUGAAUAUAUUUACGAACAAUCUGUGUAAUAAUUUAGUUAUAGUUAUCCUAUUAUUGUCCCCUAUUACCUGUGGUGGUUAUUAUUAUGAUGACUGUUUCAAAGAAAUUCAAGAUUUUGAUGCAAAUUGUACAUGCGAGCCCAAUGUACUGGAAUGUUCAAUUGGUAGAGUGGAUUUUGAUUCAGCCUUGUGGACCAAGUUUUCGCGCCCCGGUCGUAUUCACAAUUCAACUAACAAUUAUUCUUAUAGUUCGGUGCAUUUGAAUGUUCAUAAAUUUGAUGGUGUCAACGUGAGCUAUUUUCCCUCCGUUUUAUUCAACAAUUUAGCGCCAUCAGUUAAAGAGAUAACUUUAACAAACUGGAAAUUCACUUCGAUUUCAUCUGUUAAAAAUCCUUUGAAAAGUUCACUCAAAUCACUGACCAUUAAGAAUAAUUAUAGUCUCACCAAAAUUAUCAAUCAUAGAGCUCUUGCUAAUUUAGCACCGUAUCUCGAACGGCUUGAUUUAUCAUCGAAUGCACUGAUAGAUAUUCAUAAAACAGCAUUUCGAGGAUUGAAAUAUCUUCUUGAAGUUAGACUGGAAGAUAAUAACAUCUCCUUUUUACCCGACUUUGUGUUCAGAGAAUCAACCAAAUUAGCUAACAUAAGUUUAUCGUCCAAUUCAAUUUCUAUUCUCACAAAAAACACUUUCGCCGGAUUAUUGAGCGUUGAACAUCUUGAAAUCGAUUCAAAUAAACUGUUCACCAUAAAGAAUGAUACAUUCCGUGAUAUGGCCAAACUACGAGAACUUGAUUUAAGCCUUAAUCAAAUAAACUCUCUGGAACCCUUAGCCUUCCGUGGAUUGAUCGCUGUCGAAACCAUUGAUCUGUCCAAUAAUCAUUUACGAUUCUUACCCCCAGAAAUAUUGAGUUAUUGUCAUGCAUUGCGACAAUUAACCUAUCAUACAAUUUUCUGUCCGAUUUGGAUGAUACUUUCCUGAAACAACUUCCAAAAACUUUCUACCUCGAAGGUAAUCAGUGGUCAUGUAAUUGUAAUCUAAUUGAUUACUCGAAGAACCUGUUGAUUGAUAAUAAUGCGACCAGAUGUUCAAUAAUAGAACAAAUAAAAUUUAAUAAGAAUGAUUAUAAACAGGUUCACAUUGAUUUGGCAUUCGAAACUUACAUCGAUCACAUUGGCGAAACAAAGCUAUGUAGUCUUAUUAAUAAAAAGAAUAAGGAAAGGCGAAAAUACAUAAUGGCUGCUUUGCAGCUGCCAGCAGACUGGCCACCAAGAAUCGAUAUAGAAAAUGAUCUUAGACGUGACAAUUUUUGUCAGACCUGGCGAUACGAAGAGAUUGCUCGUCGGGAUUAUUUGAUUGAUUUAAUUUUGGAGGAUACAGCUGAACAAUUAGCUGAACAAUUAGCUGAACAAUCAGCUGAACAACAACUUGUUAAAUCAAUUGUUGAGUUGAGGAAAAUCAAACUUGACUAAAUUCUAAAUUUAAUUGCACUUCUCAGAUCGUCUUAACCAAUUGAAUUACAAUAGAAUUAAAAUCAAAAGUAAUAUUUUCGAGUUAUUUACAUGAUAAUUAACCAGUUGAUCACCGAAACAAAUAACCUUUUCUUUUACUAAUUGAACUUUUCUAUUGACUCCA